AACGAACUGAAUCAGAAAAGUACGAGAUGUACCUGAACAUAGCACGCAUGUGUGUGCUCGCUUCUCUGUGAACGCUUGUACUUGCUCUUUGGUAUCACCUACAUUGACAUCAGUGCGUCACAAAACAUCACAGCAAGAUGGCUGAGACAGACGUUGACAAUGAACUUCUCGACUAUGAGGAAGAUGAGGAGCCUCAGGGAGCCCCCGAGAGUGGGACCUCUGCAAACAAAAAAGAGGUGAAGGGGUCUUAUGUAUCCAUCCACAGCUCGGGCUUCAGGGAUUUUCUUCUCAAACCUGAGCUGCUCCGUGCCAUUGUAGACUGUGGUUUUGAGCAUCCUUCAGAAGUCCAGCAUGAGUGUAUUCCUCAAGCUAUCCUGGGCAUGGACAUCCUGUGUCAGGCCAAGUCUGGUAUGGGAAAGACAGCAGUAUUCGUACUGGCCACCCUGCAGCAGAUAGAACCUGUGGAUGGUCAGGUGUCUGUGCUUGUAAUGUGCCACACAAGGGAGUUGGCCUUCCAGAUCAGCAAGGAAUAUGAGCGUUUCUCCAAGUACAUGCCUACUGUGAAGGUGUCAGUUUUCUUCGGCGGCAUGGCCAUUAAAAAGGACGAGGAAGUCCUGAAGAAGAACUGCCCUCACAUCGUUGUAGGGACUCCAGGACGAACCCUGGCCCUCAUCCGCAACAAGAGCCUCAGCGUAAAGAACAUCAAACACUUUGUGCUUGAUGAGUGUGAUAAGAUGCUGGAGCAGCUGGACAUGAGGGUCGACGUCCAGGAUAUAUUCAGGGCAACACCACAUGACAAGCAGGUGAUGAUGUUCAGCGCAACAUUAAGCAAGGACAUCCGCCCUGUGUGCAGGAAGUUCAUGCAAGAUCCAAUGGAAGUGUUUGUGGAUGAUGAGACCAAGCUGACUCUCCAUGGCCUUCAACAAUAUUACUGCAAAUUGAAGGACAACGAAAAGAACCGAAAGCUCUUUGACCUGCUUGAUGUACUAGAGUUCAACCAGGUGGUGAUCUUUGUGAAGUCUGUGCAGCGCUGUAUGGCUCUGUCCCAGCUGCUGGUUGAGCAAAACUUUCCUGCCAUAGCAAUUCACAGAGGAAUGGCACAGGAGGAGCGGUUAUCACGCUAUCAGCAGUUCAAAGACUUUCAGCGCCGGAUCCUGGUUGCAACAAACCUGUUUGGCCGAGGCAUGGACAUCGAGCGAGUCAACAUCGUCUUCAACUACGACAUGCCAGAGGAUUCUGACACGUACCUUCACAGAGUGGCCCGUGCUGGCAGGUUUGGGACCAAAGGCCUUGCCGUUACUUUUGUGUCAGACGAGACGGAUGCCAAGACCCUAAAUGAAGUCCAAGACCGCUUUGAGGUCAAUGUAGCAGAGCUACCAGAUGAGAUUGACAUCUCCUCCUACAUUGAACAGUCCAGAUGAGUCCGAGGUGCGUCGUCAGUGAGGAUUGUGUGUGACCCUCAGUGUUGCUGUAUCUCAGUGGAAGAAAAACCUCAACAUUUAUUUUAAAGUCUCUGACCUGCAUCCGUUAAUGUUGACAUUUUCAAAAUGAUAAAACUUUGUUUUGUUUCUUGCUUUUUAAAAUUACGCAUUUGCAGGCUGUUUGUUUUAGUGCUCCUCCUUGUUAUAACUAUGGAUGUAUCGUUUUGAUUGAAGAAAUAAACUUUUUAUACUGAAUUAAA